AUGUCCACCUCGACCCGACGACCUGGCACCAACGCCGCCCCUGCUGACAAGGCCGCCACCCAGGUGCAGGAGCGCACGACAAAAGGGUCCUCAUCAUCUGCUCCCCGCAAGGUCCGCUUCAACGUCGGCAACAACUAUCACGUCGUUGAUGUAAUCGGAGAAGGAGCCUACGGUGUAGUAGCGUCCGCCGUGUACAGACCGAGUAACUACAAGGUUGCCAUCAAAAAGAUCGCGCCCUUUGACCACUCGAUGUUUGCUUUGAGGACUUUGAGAGAACUCAAGCUUCUGAAAUACUUUGCAGAGGAGGGCGUGAGCGAGAAUAUUAUCACGGUUCUGGACAUCAUCAAGCCCACCUCGUACGACAGCUUCAGAGAAGUAUACUUGGUUCAGGAACUGCUUGAAACGGACCUCCAUCGUGUCAUCCGUACUCAGGAUCUCAGCGACGAUCACUGUCAAUACUUUCUGUACCAGACAUGCCGUGCCUUGAAGGCGCUGCACUCUGCUGAGAUCAUCCACCGAGACCUCAAACCGUCGAAUCUGCUGCUCAAUGCCAACUGUGACCUGAAAGUCUGCGACUUUGGUCUUGCUAGAAGUACACAGACCGCUCUCCCUGCCGAGGGUAACAAUCAGGGAUUCAUGACCGAGUACGUUGCUACAAGAUGGUACCGGGCUCCCGAAGUCAUGCUCUCGUUCCGGAUGUAUACCAAAUCUAUCGAUGUCUGGUCCAUCGGCUGUAUCCUCGCCGAGAUGCUUAGCGGCAAACCACUUUUCCCCGGUAAAGACUACCACCACCAGCUCGCCCUCAUCCUUGACGUCCUCGGUACGCCGACCAUUGACGAGUUCCACGCCAUUACUUCAAAGAGAUCGAAAGACUACAUUAGGUCUCUACCGUUCCGAAAGAAGCGCACAUUCGAGAGCCUUUACCCUAACGCGAGCCCUCUCGCUAUCGACUUCCUCUCAAAGACCUUGACAUUCGAUCCUCGAAAGAGAUAUACGGUCGAACAAUGCCUCUCCCACCCAUACCUCGACGCCUACCACGACCCCGAUGACGAGCCUUCCGCCAAACCGCUCGAACCUGGAUUCUUCGACUUUGACAUGAUCAAAGACAACAUAAGUAGGGAAGAACUGAAGAGGCUGCUGUAUGAGGAAAUCAUGACAUUCCGUCCUCAAAUAGAAUGA